AUGUUGACAAUUCCCACGGAACCCAUCGGCAGUAUACCACGCCCUGCACGCUUAGUCAAUGCACUAAAACAGGCCAACACUGAUAAAAAACACUUAUUACAACUGUACGAUGAUGCAUUACGAGAUACGGUUGAGCGUUUUGCUCAGACUCGCUCACCAGUCAUUAGCGAUGGUGAACAAACAAAACCAAGCUUUUUUACUUAUCCCAUUCAUGAAUCGGAAGAAGUGAUGCCUGGUGGUAUUGUUAUUCAAUUUUGUGAUGGUCAUACAAGAUCGUUACCAAAACUUGUACACCAAGGUCCAUUUCGAUAUCAAACAUACGCUAACGAAUAUUUGACACGAGCCAAACAACUAACUAAACUACCAGUUAAACAAGCGGUGAUCAGUGUUUCCGCAUUGAGUCUAUUAUAUCCGCAGUCAGAAACGAUUCCAGGUUAUAGUCGUGAACAAUUUUUCAAUGAUUUAGUCAAUGAAGGUGAAGCAGAUAUUCGAAAGUGCUUACAAAAUGGUGCACAUAGUGUUCAAAUUGAUUUCACAGAAGGUCGUUUAUCACUCAAAUUAGAUCCAAGUGGAACUCUGCUGAAGUCAUUUAUCGAUUUGAAUAAUCGUGUGUUGAAUCGUUUCACCGAUAAAGAACGACAAUAUUUAGGUGUUCAUUCAUGUUCAGGUGGUGAUCAAUGUUCCACACAUAGUGCUGAUGUAGAUUACAGUCAACUAUUACCUAUGUUAUUUGAAUUAAAUGUGACCAAUUUUUAUGUCCAGUAUGCCAGUGAACGAGACAAGCAUAGUAUAUUGAAACUAAUUCGUGACAAUAUCAAACCGAAUCAACGUAUCUUCUUGGGAGUCAUCAAUGUGCUUGAUGAACGGAUUGAAACACCUGACGAGAUAUGUCAAAUGAUUGUAGAUGCAGCACGCGUGAUACCCGUCGAACAAUUAGGUACUACAGAUGAUUGUGGUUUUUCACCGUUUUCAGAUGAUAUGUCGAGAACAAGAGAUAUAGCAUUUGAAAAGAUUAACGCAAGGGUUCAAGGGACAAAAUUAGCGGAAGAAAAACUCGUCAGGAAAUGA